UGUUUUGACUGCGGAGCAAAGAACCCUAGCUGGGCAAGCAUAACAUAUGGAGUUUUUCUCUGUAUUGAUUGUUCAGGGACCCAUCGAUCACUUGGUGUUCAUUUGAGUUUCAUUCGAUCUACAGAACUGGAUUCAAAUUGGUCUUGGUUUCAACUGAGAUGCAUGCAAGUUGGAGGAAAUGCAAAUGCUUCUGCUUUUUUCCAUCAACAUGGAUGCACAACAAAUGAUAGCAAUGCAAAGUAUAACAGUCGUGGUGCUCAGCUUUACAAGGAGAAGAUUAAAUCUCUUGCAACACAGGCAACAAGAAAGUAUGGUACUGAUCUGUGGACAGAUGGAUGUGGAAUGCCACCUGUGUCACCUCAAAACAAAGAGGAAGACUUUUUUGCAUCCCAUGUUUCUCUCAAGGCAAAGAAUACAGAGUGGGUGUUAUCAGAGCCAGAGCCAGUUUCUCUACAGCAGAAAACUUCAGAAAAUAUUCCAGAAUGCUGUGAAGGACCAGAUCAUGGACCAAGUGUUGAUUGCCUUGGUACAUCACCAAAAGCUGCAUUAGACAACACCACCUUCAUAAAAAAGAAGCCAAAUCAAGCUAAGAAGGGGCUUGGUGCCAAAAAAGGUGGUUUGGGGGCACAAAAAGUGAGCAGCCAAAGCUUUAAUGAGGUUGAAAAACAAGCACAAGCUGUAGAUAAAAUGAAGGAACAAGAGGAUCUUCAUAGCAGUAAGAAAACUGAGAAGGAAGAGCCACUUGUAUCAUCUUUACGGUUGGCCUACAGAGAUCUUGAUAUUAAAACAAAAGAAGAAAAGUUAAAUCUAUCUGGUAAGAAGAAAAACGAAUUGGAGAGACUUGGCAUGGGAUUUGGCAGCAACAGAAGUGGCAUUUCUCACUCAGUCACCUCAGAUAUGCAAACAAUAGAGCAGGAAACACCUGCAAUUGCAAAGCCGAAGAAGAAGUACACUGAUGAUGUAGAAGACUCGUAUUUCUCUUCAAGUUCAAGGUACUAUGAUUCUUCAGAUUUGAGGAGCAACACUUUCUCUAAAUGGGAUGACAAUUCAGAUUCUUUUUGGAAGAAAGAAAAUAAUAGUAGAGAUGUUGAUAUAAUGUUAACUUCAAAAAGUACAGGGUUUUCAGACAGGCCUGCAUCUCGUCGUAAGCCUGAAUAUGAACCAUCUUUAAACACAGAUGAGGCACAAAAAAAAUUUGGCAAUGUAAAAGCAAUUUCAUCAGACAUGUAUUUUGGAAGACAAGAUCAUGCUGAUUAUGAAGCAAGGGCUCGACUAGAAAGACUUUCUGGAAGCUCAUCUAUAAGUUCAGCUGACUUGUUUGAAGAUCAGAAAAAACAACCAACAGGAAGCUACAAUAUUACAAAUGUCUUGCCUUCAGCUCCUGAUAUAGCUCAGUUUAAACAAGGAGUGAAAUCAGUGGCUGGAAAACUUUCUGUACUUGCUAAUGGGGUCAUGACAUCUAUACAGGAUCGAUAUGGUUCGUAACAUCUUUUGUAUCGACAUAAUUAAGUAAACUAAAGAAGGAUUUCUCUUCAGAUAUACAAGUAAUCACACUGCUGAUUCAAAUGAAGGUUGCCUUAAGACUGUUGAUGUUUUUAUUUGUUCCAGCAUAUUUGUUCCCUUGUGCAGCUUUCUGGCAAAGCCUCUUACUGCUAUUUCAUCUUUACAGAGCAGAAAUCUUGUAGCAACUUGUUACAUUGCAUAUGCUUUUUUUUUUUUCCCCUCCUUAACAGUCCUGUA